GGGUGGGGCCGCGGCGGGGCCGGGGCGCGGGGCUGAGCGGGGCGGCCUCGGAGCCCGUGCGGAGCCCCCGGGAGGCGAUGCUGGAGCCGCAGGGCCGGAGCCCCCCAGGCCAGAACUCGCCCCCCAGGGGCACUGGGGCCCGGGGUGGUGCCACGCCAGCCCAGGCUCCCCCGCAGCUCCGGCUGCCGGCCUUCUGCCUGCGCAGCCCCGGGGCUCUGCCUUUUCUGCCUUUGCAGCUUCCCGGGAUUUCACAGCCCCAGAGCUGUUCCCGAGUGGGCCUUAUGUGUGCCAUUAUGGGUUCACUGCUGAGCCGGCACCUGCCCUGCCUGCACCCUCAUGCCAGGUCCACGGUGCGAUGCCUCUCCAGGUUUGCCAGGUCCAUGCCAUCAGGCCUGUCCAUGUGCCCUGCAGGUGACUCACCUGCCUGCCUGUGUCAGGCUGCUGUUUGCCUUGUGCCACCCUGCUCUGAGCUGCUGACACAUAUCUGGCUCAUGAUUCUCUCCGCCCCACAGGUUCUGGUUUGCAGAAGUGCUGCCACGUCAUUAGUUCCCUGUCCCGCAGCUGCACAUCAUGGGGACCUGCCUACACACGGGCCUGUGUGUUUGACAUCACCAAAUCAUUUUGCUCUUUUUCUGACCACUUUUCCUGUUUGUCUUUCUCACUGCAAGGUGGAUCAGAGCUCUCCAGCAUCCCUGCAGCCUCCCCGAGCCGAACGGUGCCAUAACGCAAGAGUUGAAUUGUCCUAGCUCCGGCCAAUGCAGGUUUAUUUUUUUUUGUAGCAGCCAGAAGGGGAAUGGCAGGACCCCGAGGUUAUUCGAUACCACCUCACCUCAUGCACAGCGGGUGCAGGGAUGGGGUGGGGUUUUUCCCGGUUUUGCUGGCGUGUGUGCAGUCGGGUGACACCCUGGUUCCGAGUGGGGAGCAAUUGCGUGUGAAUCGUUUACCUGCGUUGUACACUCUGUUAUCGAUAUUGUUACUGUUCUUUUUCUUAUCUCAUUGCUGUUUCUAGUAAAUUAUUCUUAUCUCAACUCGUGAUCUUUAGCUUUCUGUGCCUCCAAAGCUCCUCUCCAUCCUGCCUCAGGGGGAGGGUGUGGCAGCCAGUGACCAGUUCAUGGUCUGGAGUUUUUUCAGUGGAAACACUAAGGGAGAAUGCCAUUCCUAAACCAGGACACAGAUACACAGCUUUGUAACCAUGCAAGUGUGAGGAAUGGAGCCAGGAGGGCGCAGAGGGACACUCUUGUAGCAAGGCACUGCCAAGGUCUCUCACAGCAGCCGCCCCCACCUGUGGCCGUUUCAUCUAAGCCAGAGGCAUGGGCUUGCACAGGAGAAGUGGGCAUCAGGGGCCUAGAAACUCUGAAUCUCUGGCUUCUCCCUCUUGCCUUUGCAGGUUAAUGUCAUGCCAGGAAACCAAGUCAUGGUGCCUGGGCCAUCACAGCUGCAAGAAACCCAAGAGCGACUAACCAGCAGUAAUCUGGCAGGGUCGCAGUGCCAUCAGAGUGCCACCAGGCCAUCGUAGUGCUCUCUCUGAGAGCACCAGGCUAUUUGUUCCAUGGUUUUCUUGGAUUAUGAAGUUGAGCUAAGUGGCCUCUAGUUAUCCACUUCCUUUUUUCUUGUAUCAAAGACAUCAUUCCUUAUUCCUGUCCUCUGAAACCUCAUCCAUCCUCUACCUGCUCUUCAUAUUGCCCUCACUUAUCCUCAAUCCAUCCAAUCACAUUUUCCUGUCUCCAGCGCGACCACACGCCUCUGUCACACUCACAUCCUCAGAGUAGGCUCAAGUCAGGAGUCCCCGAGCACCGUCACCUUCUGCCGUCCCUCCCACUCUCGGCAGGGCUCACGCACACACAUGUUCACCCCCGCGCACAGACGGACAGACGGACGGACGGACGGACAGACAGACAGACAGACCGGCGCGCCCCGGCCCCGCCCCCGGCCCCUCCUGGGCCCGCCCCCGGGCCUGUCUGGCGGGCGGAAGCGGGGAUGGAGCCGCCGGCCAUGGAGGGACCGCUGCUGGUGCAGCACAGCCACAAGUUCGGCGCCAAGCGGUGGAAGCGCGGCUGGUCCGCGCUGUACCCCGCCAGCCAGCACGGCGUCGCCCGCCUCGAGGUGUUCGACUGCAAGGAGCCGGCCCCGGCCGGGCGGGCGGGCACCCGGAGACUCGCCCGCACCGUCGUGCGCCUGAGCGACUGCACCAGCGUGGCCCCGGUGGGCGAGGCCGGCCCCCGCGCCGGCACCGCCGCCUUCCGCCUGGACACCCGCGACCGGACCUUCCUCUUCGCGGCCGAGAAGCAGCAGAGCGAGGAGUGGGUGGCGAAGCUGUGCCAGAUCGCCUUCGCGGGAAAUGGCUCCAGCGAUGCUGGCAUGGUGGCACAGCAUGGCAGAGAGGGCAGCGAGGAGGUGCCGGCCCUGGAGAUGGCCGUGAACUCCAUCUACUACUCGAGAGAUGAAGUGAACACCUUCUGGGUGACGGUGCAGCGGACCGAGGCUGCGGAGCGAUGUGAGCUGCGUGGCACCUACGUGCUCAAGGCUGAGCGUGACAGCCUCGUCCUGAAGGACCCACGGACAAACGAGAUCCUCUACGUCUGGCCCUACCGGCUGCUCCGGAGAUACGGCCGGGACAAGGUGAUGUUCUCCUUCGAAGCUGGCAGGCGCUGUGACUCAGGACCUGGAAAUUUCACCUUUGAGACCAAGCAGGGCAACGAGAUCUUCCGCCUUGUGGAAGCCUCCAUCCAGGAGCAGAAAGCGCAAGUGGAGGAGAACCGGCAAAGCUGCGACUCGCUGGAUGCAGACAGCCCCAGCAUGGUGCUGAUCCGCCAGGCCCUGGCUGAUUCCCUGAGCCUGGAGCUGCCUGCCGACGGGGGUGAUACCCCAGCACCCAAAGUGGGGCUGGCGCCCAGGUCCAGUGCAGUGGCAGAGGAGAGAGACACCACAUCUCUGCUGAAGACCCGGACUCUGCCAGAGGUGCCUGUGCCACAGAGUAAGCCCACAGUCCCCAGCACCCCCCCGCGCUCCCCUCUGCCGAAGGUGCUCCGUGCUGUGCUGCCGGCCGAGGACCCGUCCAGCGUGUACUCAGAGCCCCUGGACUCAGUGAAGAGCCUCCGGCCCUGGCCAGACCCGCUGUACUCAGACCCUGUGGACAGCAAGCCCACGAGUGGGGCCAAGGCACUCGGCGGGGCCUCGGAUGAGACGAAGCUUCGACUGCUGAUGCCACUGUACUCGGGUGCCUACGAGCAGGUCGGUGCUGAGGGUCGCAGCCGGGCACCGCCGGCGCCCGGGCAGAAGGAGCACAUCUAUGAUGAGCCUGAGGGUCGUGCUCCCCGCUCGCUGCCCCCGCCCGCCUGCAUCUAUGACGAGGCGCGGCCCACAGGCGAGGCCUGGCGCACCCAGGGCCAUGACGGCAAAGGCGGCUAUGAGUACCCCUACAACUCCAGCACUGAUGACUACUCGGUACCUGCCUUCCAGGCUAAGGCCAAGGGCCCCAGGCCAGUCCCUGCUCCCAAGCCCCAGGCACCCUUUAUCUCCAAAAGUGUGGAGAGGAUCGAGGACCCUGGGAGGCGGUGGGGAAGCGCUGCUCCUGAGAAGGUGGUCACCAAACCCAGCCUCAACAGCAGCAACAACAACAAUGUGGAGGUGCUGUACAGCCAGGUGGUGAAGCCCCAGCACCUGCAGAAGAAGGAGCAGUCUGUGGAUGAGUGCAGCUUGCCGCCUGUCUAUGAGGACUUAGGAGAGAUAUAGGGUGCUGCUGUUCUGUAUCUGCCUGGAUGAGACUUGGCAUCCCAGUGCCAGAUGUGCUCCUCCCUGAGUCCGGGGGGGCCUUAGGGGUGGGGACUGUUUGGGCUCAGGCAGAGUCCCUCUUGCUCACCAGCGCUGAGAGGCUGCCUUUCCCUGGAGUGAAACAGCAAGAGCAAGAGAGCUGUGGCUGGCACAGGUGCCAGGGUGCUUCUCCUGCUCUGGAGCUGGUUCUGCUGCUGCCUCCUGAACACAGGAAGCCUGGCUGCGUUGUCCUAUAUCUGUUGCUCUGGCUCUGCUCUGGCUUGCCCUCUGACCAGGCUGCAGGGCUCAGAUGGCCACUGUGGUGCAUGGAAGACUGCUUGCCAUCAGUCUUCAAAAGUAUUUUUAUACAAAAUUAUUUUAAUAUUAAAGUCCUUAUGUCUCAAUGA